UUUUUGAUGACUUUUGAUGAUCUAAUCAUUUUUUCCACAAUUGUAUAUUUAAUUGUAGUUUCCUGAUUGUGCUUCAUUCUUUGCGUUUCUCUACUAUUUUUCUUCAGCUCAGGUGAGGAUAUUUGAUCAAACCACAGCUGUAACCAAAAUAGUCCAACUACUAUCACACUUCCAGUAAAUAUACCAAACCUUCUCGUUAACCAGCCCUGACGCUAAAAGUGGCUGUGAUCACAUGAUCAUGUUUGUUAAGUAGGAAAUAGUUACAUUAUGACACCUGACACUAUGUAGUGGAAAAUCUGAGCUUUUUUUGUUCAUUCAACACAACAAUUUGAACAGGAUGGCGUCUCAGAUCUUUGUGUUUUAUCUGACAUGUCUGUUCACGGGGAAAAUGGCUCAGGUGACUGAUCUGCAACAGUCCUCAUCCGAUCAUCAAAAAAGUGGGUUCAUUUCAGCAAAUAUAGGCGACAGUGUAUCUUUACAAUGUUUUUUUCCAUCUGGAGGAUGGUUUAACUGGUAUAAGCAAACUGUAGGACAGAAGCCAAGACUUAUAUCUACCUUCUAUUACUACGAUUCAGUUGGUGUUUUUAACAGUGAAUUCCAGAACAACCCACGCUUCACACUGGACCCCACGGACCAGAGCUGUCACUUGAACAUCUCAGAUUUACAGGUUUCAGACUCAGCUACCUACUUCUGCAUAGGUAGUCACUCACGCAAAGUUACAUUCUUGGAGAGCAUUACUGUUGAUGUAAAGACUUCAGAUUUUAACAUCCAGACUUCGGUCCAUCAGUCUGAAUCUGAGAGCGUCCAUCCAGGAGACUCUGUGACUCUGAACUGUACGGUUCAUACUGGGACCUGUGAUGGAGAACACAGUGUUUACUGGUUCAAAAAGUCGGAAGACCCUCAACCAGGAAUUAUCUACACCCACGGAGGCACAAAUGACCAGUGUGAGAGGAAAAAUGACACUCAAACCCACACCUGUGUGUACAACCUGCCCAUACUGGAUGUGGAUUAUCCUCAUGCUGGGACCUACUACUGUGCUGUUGCAUCAUGUGGGAACAUAUUGUUUGGCAACGGGACCAUGCUGGACAUUAAAGAUGACACUAUCAUGUACUACUUGAGUGGAGCUUUUGCAUUCACCUCCAUACUAGUCAUUGUAUUGGCUUUCUCCACAUGCAUGAUGAGUAAGAAAAUCAACAGUCUUCUCGCAGAGUUACAUAAAAGAGAUUAUGUGAACGUUACAGCUUUGGCCUCAAAAAGAGCUGCAAAGGGUCACUAUAAAGGAGAUAUCUUGCAGUACGCCGCUACCCUGAGUAUGCAGUCCGCCGGAUCAAGACGCCCGACUGAUGAUAUUUGGAGCGAAUGUGUGUAUUUUAAUAUAAAGCAGUAGAGACGCUCUCUUACUGAUAAAAGCAUCUUUGUACAACUUCAAUCAGGUUGUGAAGUUAAAAUCAAAGUUAACCCUAUAAAACCUGACCCAUCCAAAACUAGCCACAAAAAUUACAUUUUUCUGAGAAUUGAAAUAUUUAUUAGACUUUUUAAUAAUAUCCAAACUAAAUAUUUUGUUAACGAUAAAUUUUUGUUUCACAUUUGAUACAUUGGGUGUUUUUAUAAAGCACCUUUUAUAUUGAAUUUGAUAUACACAUUUUAACAUACUUUAA